AUGCGCUGGGCCUGGACGGUGCUCCUGCUGGGGCCGCUGCAGCUCUGCCCGCUGCUCCGCUGCGCGCCGCCCGCCGCGCCGGGCGCCUGGCGCCAGACGAUCCGGUGGGAGAACAACGGGCAGGUGUUCAGCCUGCUGAGCCUCGGCUCGCAGUACCGGCCGCAGCGCCGCCGGGAGCCGGGCGCCGCCGCCGCGCCGCCGCCGCGCACGCCCGUCCUGCUGCUGCGCGACAACCGCACGGCCGCCGCGUCCGGGGCCGCCGCGUCCGGGGCCGCCGCGUCCGGGGCCGCCGCGUCCGGGGCCGCCGCGUCCGGGGCCGCCGCGCCCGCCGCCGCCCGCCCCGGGCUCCAGGCCGGCCGCGCGCCCUCCGGAGCCCGCGGCGCCGCGGAGCCGCGCCCGCCCGCCGGCAGCCCGCGGCCGCCCAGCCACGUGGACCGCAUGGUGGGCGACGACCCGUACAACCCGUACAAGUACUCGGACGACAACCCCUACUACAACUACUACGACACCUACGAGCGCCCGCGGCCCGGCAGCCGCCACCGCCCGGGCUACGGCACCGGCUACUUCCAGUACGGUCUCCCGGACCUGGUGCCCGACCCCUACUACAUCCAAGCCUCGACGUACGUGCAGAAGAUGGCCAUGUACAACCUGCGCUGCGCCGCCGAGGAGAACUGCCUGGCCAGCUCAGCCUACAGGGGAGACGUGAGAGACUAUGAUCACAGGGUGCUGCUACGAUUUCCCCAAAGAGUAAAAAACCAAGGGACAUCUGACUUCCUGCCCAGCCGUCCGAGAUACUCCUGGGAAUGGCACAGUUGUCACCAACACUAUCACAGCAUGGAUGAAUUCAGCCACUAUGACCUGCUGGAUGCCAACACUCAGAGGAGAGUGGCUGAAGGCCACAAAGCCAGUUUCUGCCUUGAGGACACCUCCUGUGACUAUGGUUACCACAGGCGAUUUGCAUGUACCGCACACACACAGGGAUUGAGUCCUGGUUGCUAUGAUACCUAUGCAGCAGACAUAGAUUGCCAGUGGAUUGAUAUCACAGAUGUGCAACCCGGAAACUACAUCCUAAAGGUCAGUGUCAACCCCAGCUAUUUGGUGCCUGAAUCCGACUACAGUAACAACGUUGUCCGCUGCGACAUUCGCUACACAGGACACCAUGCCUACGCCUCAGGCUGCACCAUUUCCCCGUGA